CAUUGAGAUUUGAGCGUUGGUUAUUUUUGCUUACUGUAUUUGGUUUCCAACUGCUACAUGUAGAUGCCGUAAGCACACGCAUCAACAAUAAUAUGUGGGAGCCCACACGCAACCUCUCCCGUGGACCGUACCGCACCAGAUUAAUCUUUAUACAACCCAUAAGGAACGAACCUACCUCACUCCCCACUCUCACCGUUCGAUAACGCAUUUUGGUUCUCUGAAGAAGAACCCUUCUCUUUGCGCGUGUCCCGUUCUCUUCUCCAAUCUCCACCAUUACGUAUACUUCUGGAUAAUAAUCUGAAUAGAAUAUAGUUAGUAUUAUGGAGGUUAAGCUCUGGAAUGACAAGCGCGAAAGAGAAAUGUAUGACAACUUUGCUGAGCUUUAUGCCAUUAUUAAGGCAACUGAGAGACUUGAGAAAGCAUAUGUUAGAGAUAUAAUCUCACCGCAGGAAUAUGAGAUAGAGUGCCAGAAGCUUAUAGCUCAUUUCAAAACCUUAGCUUCCACCCUUAAGGAUACUGUACCUAGCAUUGAGAGAUUUGCAGAUACUUAUAGGAUGGAGUGUCCGGCUGCAAUUAACCGUCUUGUGGUAUCCGGUGUACCUGCUACUGUAGAGCAUCGGGCUGCUGCCGCAGCAGGUGCAUCCACCUCGGCUGCAGUUGUGGCUGAGUGUGUUCAGAAUUUUAUUACAUCAAUGGAUUCCUUGAAACUUAAUAUGGUAGCUGUGGAUCAGGUGCAUCCUUUGCUCUCAGAUCUUUAUGCUUCACUUAAUAAGUUGACGAUUUUGCCGCCUGAUUUUGAGGGGAAAACAAAAAUGAAGGAUUGGAUUGCAAGGUUAUCAAAGAUGGGUGCAGCUGAUGAGUUGACAGAACAACAGGCCCGACAGCUUCACUUUGAUCUCGAGUCUUCCUACAAUUCCUUUAUGGCAGCUCUACCCAAUGCUGGAACUUGAUUCAGUAGGGGGAAGCUUGUAAAUUGAACCAAAAAUUCCUUUUUCUAUAUUUUUUUCCCCUUUGGUUGCUAAAUAUUGUUGAUUGGAAAGGAAUUUUCUAUUUGGUGACAGCAGAUAUAUAUAUUUUAAAGGCCGAAUCCUGGAUAUUUACAAAUUAUGGCUUUGUGCUGAUCACCAAAGGUUUAUUAUAUAUUGUGGAUGAGCUUUUGUUUUCUUUUCUGCAGUUGUUUGGUUUGAGUUUCUACUCCUAGUAUAUAGCAAGAAUGAAAUCAUACUGAAAAUUGAGUACUCAGUUGUUUGUCUUUUUAUCUUUUAUAUUAUCAAUCGAUGUAUUUCAACACUACCCUUUCUAUGAUAUCAAUAUCAGAGGACCUGUGUGUGCA